GUACGUCCCUUCCCCGGCUGAUAUAGUAGUCUUCGAAGCCGUCGCUUCCCCACCUCCUGCGGAGUUGUGUCAUGCGCUUCGGUGGUACAAUCACAUUAAGUCGUACGAAAAGCAAAAAGCAAGUACACGCAGGUACGUCCCUUCCCAGGCUGAUAUAGUAGUCUUCGAAGCCGUCGCUUCCCCACCUCCUGCGGAGUUGUGUCAUGCGCUUCGGUGGUACAAUCACAUUAAGUCGUACGAAAAGCAAAAAGCAAGCCUGCCAGGAGUAAAGAAGGCUCUGGGGAAAUAUGGUCCUGCUGAUGUUGAGGACACCACAGGUGCUGCCACCGACAGCAAAGAUGAUGAUGACAUUGAUCUGUUUGGGUCUGAUGAUGAGGAGGAAAGUGAAGAGGCAAAGAAACUGAGGGAAGAACGGCUGGCCCAGUACGAAUCAAAGAAGUCCAAAAAACCAGCUGUUAUUGCCAAAUCAUCACUCUUGCUUGAUGUGAAGCCUUGGGAUGACGAGACGGACAUGGCCAAGCUGGAGGAGUGUGUCCGGAGCAUUCAGAUAGAUGGCUUGGUCUGGGGGUCUUCCAAGCUAGUACCUGUUGGCUAUGGCAUCAAAAAGCUUCAGAUCCAGUGUGUUGUUGAAGAUGAUAAAGUUGGCACAGAUAUGCUGGAAGAGAGAAUAACAGCUUUUGAAGAUUAUGUACAAUCAAUGGAUGUAGCUGCUUUCAAUAAGAUUUGAGUCUUGAUAUAUCUAGAAUAAAUGUAAUAGCAAAAA